UUUAUUACUACUAAAAUUUAUAAAAUGCACCGUCACCGAAAAAUGGCGCAGUUCACAUUUUAACAAACUCCGUUCUCCGCCAUCGUCGACAGAAUUUUUUUUUCAAAGCUCUUCGCUUCCUCCACGAUCUGGUUGCCGGAGGAGGCGAUUUUUAUUGAAUGAAGAUUUCACCUGAAUGGCGACACCGACGAAUUUUCAGAGAAGCUCGCUUGAUCAUGAACUGAAGAAUGAACUGAAAGAGGAGGAGAAUAAUAUUGAGAAGAAAAAGGAUUUGACUACAAAUCCUGACCUCUUCACCUGUAUGCUUCAGAUAGCGCCGGCCGAUUCAGAUCCAAAUUACAUUGGAAUUCGCCGAUUCCUCCUUCAUCGUAAAGCUGAAUCCGGUGUGCUUCGUCGCAAGGACUGGAGAUGCAAUGGAAAAGGAUAUGUAGCUUAUCGUAAUUAUAUUAAUAGGCCAAGGAAUUGGGAGAACUUGCAAAUACCGAGCCGCUCAAGUACCCCAGGGAACAGUGGCCGAUGGAUAACUUCACCAAGUCCAGUUUCCCAGUUACUCGAGUCGGAUAGCUGGAAUUCUUUAAAGGAUUUACGAAGUCCCAGUCAAGCAAGCCAAGCAUUGAGUCGGACUACUAGUUUCAGUUCAAAUGUCAGUGAUACUGAUGAUCGGCCACGUAGAAGGUCGGAACCUGCAUAUUCCUUUGUUGGGAUGCAUUGCAUUUUUGACCAAUGCAAGGCCAUGGUUACGGUUAUAAAGUUUGGACAUAUGAGUUCUGAUCUACUUGCAUAUGGAGCAUCAGAUGGAAGUUUGACAGUAUGCAGUGUCUCCAUGCCCCCUUCAGUCACUAAACAGUUAAUAGGGCAUUCAAAAGAUGUCACAGAUUUUGAUUUCUCCACAAACAAUCAGUACAUCGCAUCAUCUUCAAUGGAUAAAACUGUCAGAGUAUGGGAUAUUUCUAAAGGCCUUUGCAUUAGGGUGAUUUAUGGAGUCUCUUCACAGCUUUGUAUUCGAUUUCAUCCUGUGAACAAUAACUUUCUUUCUGCUGGCAAUGCAAAAAAAGAAAUAAAUGUGUUCAAUUUUAGCACGGGGAGAACGAUCAGUAAAACUGUCGUCGAUGGUGAAGUCACUGCCAUGGACCAUGACCACACUGGUCAGCUUAUUUUCUGCGGUGAUGGUCAGGGAUGUAUUUACACAGUUAGUAUGGACUCCCAUACAGGUGCACUUUCUCGAACUCAUCGGAAUAGAAGUAGCAGCAAGCAUAGAUCUGCUGUUACAACUGUUGAGUACAGGACAUUUUCUCAGCUGGCACGAGGCCCUGUCUUGCUGGCUUUUACUCGUGAUGGAAGUUUGUCUUUUUUCAGCAUCUCUUUGGAGAUGAAAGGUUAUUUGACACUAAGGUGCUCACUGAAGCUGGCUGCACGACUACAUAGUAUCCGUGCGGCUUUCUGUCCUUUACUUUCCCUUGAAAAGGGAGAAUACAUAGUUGCUGGAAGUGAAGAUGCAAAUGUUUACUUCUAUGAUUUAACUCGGCCAAGGAAUACAUGUGUAAACAAACUUCAGGGUCAUGGCUAUCCAGUAAUCGGUAUUGCUUGGAAUCAUGGAGAGAACUUGUUAGCUUCCUCUGAUUUUGGCGGCACUGUCAUCGUAUGGAAGAGAGCAAAAACGGUUUAACAUCAACGUCAUGCUCAAUGCAGAUCUGAGCUAAACACAGCUGCUAAUAUAUUUGGUUUUGGCGUAGAAUUUGUGAGAAUUGUAAUUUUUAUGCAGGCAGUGUAGCUAACUCAAAAGUUUAUCACGAGAACUUGGUAAGUGGAUAUCAGGCUUUUGCAUACUGAUAGCACAAUUGUAUGUCAAUUUUUCCACCGGCUUUGUACAAUGUGUAUUUGACGUCAGUGAGUUAGAAGGAAUUACAUGAUUUCUUGGUUCAAAA